AUGGCGCAGGGAGAUUCGGAGAGAGUGCGGGAGGCGCAGAAGGUCGCCUCCAGCGAUCCCAAGAAGGCCGAGCAGAUCUACAAGGACAUCGUCUCAAAGCCACCAUCUCUCACUGACGCUGCAGUACGGGAAUAUGAGACUGCUCUGAUCAGCCUGGGUGAGCUGUAUCGAGACCAAAAAAACACCCAGGAGCUGGUUGAGCUCGUGACCAAGAGCCGCACUGUUCUUUCAUCAUUUGCCAAGGCAAAGACGGCAAAGCUAGUCCGCCAGCUCCUUGACCUCUUCCACGACAUCCCCGACACGAACGAACUUCAGAUCUCGACCACCAAGUCAUGUAUAGACUGGGCAACAUCAGAGCGCCGGGGCUUCCUCCGACAGAACCUUGAGACCCGUCUCGUCACCCUGUACAUGGCCAAACAAUCCUACUAUGACGCCCUCACCUUGAUCAACAGCCUGCUCCGUGAGCUCAAGCGACUGGACGACAAGCUGGUGCUCGUUGAGGUGCAGCUUCUCGAGUCUAGGGUGUACCACGCGCUUGGAAACAUUGCCAAGGCCCGCGCUGCCCUGACAAGUGCCCGCACAUCCGCCGCCUCCGUCUACACCCCACCCUUGCUCCAGGCCAACCUGGACAUGCAGGCAGGUAUGCUCCACGCUGAGGAUAAGGACUUCACCACCGCGUACUCGUACUUCAUCGAGGCUCUGGACGGAUACUCCCAGCUCGACGAGACGGUCAAGGCGACGGCCGCCCUGCAGUACAUGCUCCUGUGCAAGGUGAUGCUGAACCAGGUCGACGACGUCAACCAGCUCAUGAGCUCCAAGCAGGCGACCAAGUACGCGACGAAGUCGCUGGAGGCGAUGAAGGCCAUCGCGCGUGCGCACUCAAACCGGUCGCUGGAUGAAUACGAGAGCGUGCUCGGCUCGUACCAGCGCGAGCUGGGCAGUGACACGUUCAUCCGGGGUCACCUGCGGCGGCUGUACGACGCCAUGCUGGAGCAGAACCUCAUAAAGGUGAUCGAGCCGUUCUCGCGCGUCGAGAUCGACCACGUCGCCAAGAUGGUCAAGCUCAGCCCCGUCCAGGUCGAGGAGAAGCUGUCGCAGAUGAUCUUGGACAAGGUCAUCAUCGGCGUCCUGGACCAGGGCGCCGGGUGCCUCAUCAUCUUCGAUGAGACGCACAGGGACCAGGCGUACGAUUCCGCUCUGGCGACCAUCGAGAAGCUGAGCAACGUAGUCGAUGUGCUCUACACGAACCAGGCGUCAAUGCUGGAGUAG